CUUGAAAACGAGUCUGUUGCUAACAUUCCAUCUGAAGCGUCUGCAAGCCGAGUCACUGCUCAGUAAAGUGCUCUUUCAGAAGUUUCUGAAAGGUUGUGAUGUUAUGUAAGGGGUAAAAAUGCAGCUUAAGCACACAAAAACACUUCUGCCUCCUCAGGAGGGGGCAGCCAAAAUAUGUGCAGUUGCAUUUUCGCCCAACAAUCACAAGCUGGCAGUGUGUACUUCAGACAGAGUCGUUCUUCUGUACGAUGAACAUGGUGAAAAGAGAGACAAAUUUUCUUUGAAACCUGCAGAUGCAAAGUAUGGCAAAAAAAGCUACACUGUAAAGGGUCUUGCCUUCUCCCCAGAUUCCACAAAGAUUGCAGUGGGCCAGACAGACAAUAUCAUCUAUGUCUACAAAAUUGGGGAUGACUGGAGUGAAAAGAAGGUCAUUGUCAACAAAUUUGUACAGCAAAGUGCUGUGACAUGCUUGAUAUGGCCACCAGACCAGCCUAUUGUCUUCGGUUUGGCAGAUGGCAAGGUCAGAUCAGCCAACACCAAAACAAACAAAUCUUCAACAAUAUACAACACAGACUCUUAUGUCGUUUCAUUGGCACACAAUCCUUCUGGCAAGGGCAUCCUUUCAGGCCAUGCAGAUGGGUCCAUAAUCAGAUACUUCUUUGACGAUGAAGGUUCAGGUGAUGCACAGGGGAAGAUCUGCACUCAUCCAUCCCCUCCAUAUGCACUUGCUUAUUCUCAAACUGCCAUUUUGGCUGCUGGAUGCGACAAAAGGAUAAUUUCCUAUGGACGAGAUGGACGCAGCUUCCAACACUUUGACUACAGCCGUGAAGAUGAUGAGCAUGAGUUUACAGUGGCAGUGUGCAAUCCCAGUGGGCAGUCUGUUGUGAUUGGCAGCUUUGACAAACUGCGAUUGCUUAACUGGAGCCCAAGGCGCCAGAUGUGGGAUGAGCCCAAGGUGAAAGAGAUUUCUCACCUGUACACUGUGACAGCAUUAGCAUGGAAAAGAGAUGGCUCUAAAGUGGUGGCUGGAACAUUGUGUGGAGGUGUGGAAAUGUUUGACUGCAGCUUGAAGAAAACAAUCAUCCGAAACAAGUUUGAAGUCACCCAUGUUGGCCUCAGUCAGGCAAUUGUGAGAAACAUGUCCAACAACCAGAAGGUUUCUGUCAGGUCUCAUUAUGGCUAUGAGAUAGAUGAGGUCCGUGUCAUGGGACAUGACCGCUUUUUGGUGGUACAUACCUCAGAUACCCUUAUUCUUGGUGACUUGGAGACAGCUAAACUGACAGAGGUUCCCUGGCAUGGGUCCGGAAAUGAAAAAUUCUAUUUUGAAAAUGAAAAUGUCUGUAUGAUCUUCUGUCCUGGAGAACUCUGCCUAAUUGAAUAUGGUGCAAGUGAAGUGUUAGGCAGUGUUCGCACUGAAUUUAUGAAUCCUCACCUCAUAAGUGUGCGACUGAAUGAGAGAAAGCAGCGAGGUAUUGGAGAGAACAAGAAGAUGGCUUACUUGAUUGAUUUGAAAACAAUUGCUAUCAUGGACCUAGUGACAGGCCUUUCUAUAGCUCAAGUGGGUCAUGACUCCAAGAUCGAUUGGUUGGAGCUUAAUGAAACAGGCCACAAACUGCUUUUCAGGGACAACAAGUUCAAGCUGUACUUAUAUGACAUACAGUCACAGCAGAAAGCCAGCAUUCUGGAUUACUGUUCCUAUGUGCAGUGGGUGCCUGGUAGUGAUGUCGUUGUGGCUCAGAACCGAGGCAACCUCUGUGUGUGGUACAACAUUGCACCUGAGAAGGUCACGAUGACUCCAAUCAGGGGCAAUAUUGUGGAAGUUGGAAAGAAUGGUGGGAAAACAGAAGUGAUGGUUUCAGAGGGUCCCAGUAACGUGUCCAUCACUCUUGAUGAGGGGCUGGUAGAAUUUGGUACUGCUAUUGAUGAUGGUGACUAUGGCAGAGCUGUGAGUUUUCUGGAAACACUGGAAUCAUCACCAGAGACUGAGGCGAUGUGGAAGACGCUGAGCAAACUUUCCCUAGAGGAAAAACAACUUCACAUUGCUGAAAGAUGCUACUCAGCAUUGGGCAACAUUGCAAAAGCUCGCUACCUGAAAGAGACUGUGCGCAUUGCUGAGGAAGUCGAAAAGCAAGUUGGAGGUAAUGGUUUUGACCACUACAAAGUGCGUGCUCGCCUGGCAACAUUUGACAAGAGGUUCAAAGAUGCAGAGAGUAUUUAUCUCGAAGGAAACCAUGUGGAUGAGGCCAUAGAGAUGUACCAAGAGAUGCACAUGUGGGAUGAAGCCAUUGAAGUGGCUGAAGCUAAGAUGCAUCCAGAGCUGGAGACACUGCGCCGCAAUUACUACCAGUGGCUGAUGGAAUCUGGACAAGAGGAGGCAGCUGGAGAGGUCAAAGAAAGAGCAGGAGAGUAUUUAGCUGCCAUCAGUCUGUACAUGAAAGCAGGACUACCUGCCAGAGCUGCUCGGCUAGCUGCAAGCCGAGAGGAACUGAUGUCCAACUCGGAGCUGAUCAGCCGAAUUGCAGGUGCUUUGAUAAAAAGUGAACUUUACGAUAGGGCAGGAGAACUGUAUGAGAAGAUCAAAGACUACCAGCGGGCCAUGGACUGUUACAAAAAAGGAAAGGACUACCGCAGAGCUGUUGAUAUGGCCCGCUAUGCUUUUCCUAGUGAUGUUGUUAAACUGGAGGAAGAGUUUGGGGAUUACUUGGUGUCACAGAAACAGUUGGAUGCAGCCAUCAACCAUUACAUUGAGGCAGGUGCAACUUCAAAGGCUGUGGAGGCUGCCAUAGCAUCACGACAAUGGGCAAAGGCUGUUCAGAUUCUAGAAUUGCAAGAUUCUGACAUGGCUUCUCGCUAUUACAAGAAAAUAGGAGACCACUAUGCUUCAGUGGGAGAGUAUGAGUCUGCAGAGAAAUUCUAUGUGGAGGCAGGCUGCAUGCGUGAAGCAGUGGACAUGUAUAACAAAGCUGGCAUGUGGGAACAGGCUCAUAAGCUGGCUGCUACAUACAUGAAAGGUGAGGAUGUAUCCAGUCUAUACAUUGCCCAAGCAAGACAGUUGGAAGAGCAGGGCAAGUUCAAGGAUGCAGAAAGGCUCUAUGUGGCAGUAGAGGAGCCAGAUCUGGCUAUCACCAUGUACAAGAAGCAACGAAUGUAUAAAGAUAUGGUGCGCCUUGUCAAGACUUACCACAAAGAUCUUCUACAGGACACACACCUUCAUCUUGCCAAGGAGCUAGAGGGUGAGGGUAAUCUCCGACAGGCUGAGCAUCACUUCACGGAGGCAGGUGAAUGGAAGGCUGCGGUUAAUAUGUAUCGAUCCCAGGAUUUGUGGGAUGAAGCAUAUCGUGUAGCUAAAGCACAUGGAGGUCAGACAGCAGCUAAACAAGUGGCCUACCUGUGGGCCAAAAGUCUUGGUGGGGACUCAGCAGUCAAGCUUCUCAACAAGUUUGGGUUACUGGAUCAAGCCAUUGAUUAUGCCACUGAAAACUGUGCAUUCGAAUUUGCCUUUGAACUGGCGCGCAUUGCAAUGAAGGACAAGCUGCCAGACAUUCACCUGAAAUAUGCCAUGUUCCUGGAGGAUGAGGGCAAGUUCAGUGAGGCAGAGGCUGAGUUCAUCAAGGCCAGCAGGCCCAAGGAGGCUGUCCUCAUGUAUGUACACAAUCAAGACUGGGGUUCAGCUCAACGUGUAGCUGAGAGCCAUGACCCAGAUUCCGUGUCUGAUGUGCUGGUGGGACAGGCCCGCUAUGCUUUUGAAGAGAAAGAGUUUGCUAAAGCAGAGUCUUUCUUGUUGAGAGCUAAGCGUCCAGAACUGGCCAUCAAGUUCUACAGAGAUUCUGGCAUGUGGCAGGAUGCUUUGCGUGUGUGCAAGGAAUACUUGCCACAUAAGCUACAGCAGUUACAGGAUGAAUAUGACCAUGCAAUGACCACCAAGUCUGGCAAUGGGAAAGAUGGAAAGAUGGGGGCAGAGAGCAUGGUGAACCAGGCAAGGGAGUGGGAGGCCUCUGGGGAGUAUGCGCGGGCAGUGGAGUGCUACAUGAAAGUCACGCCAUCCAUGGUCUCUGAUCAAAAUGUUCUGGAGAAAUGCUGGAUGAAGGCUGGAGACUUAGCUAUCAAGUUCCUUGGUGCCCAGAAAGCUCAGACAGUAGUGGAGGCAGUGGGACCACGCCUUGGUGAAAUUCACAAGCACAGCUCUGCAGCUGAGCUGUAUCUAAGCCUAGAUAUGGUAAAGGAUGCAGUUGACAUGUUUAUUAGUGGAGGAGACUGGAACAAGGCAAAACGAGUGGCCAGGGAAAUGGAGCCCAAGCUUGAGCCGUAUGUGGAUGAACGCUACAAAGAAUUCUGCCGUAAUCAAGGGAAAGCUGAAGAUCUGGCCAGCGUGGAUGUGAUUGGAGCACUGGACAUGUACGCUGAGAAGGGUCAAUGGGACAGAUGCAUUCAAAUGGCAGAGCAACAGAAUUCUAAGGUGCUGCACAAGUAUGUUGCUCUGUACGCCACACACCUUAUUAAGGGAGGGAACACAGAAAGGGCUCUGGAGCUUUAUGCCAAGUAUGGAGCACCUGCACAACCUCAGAACUACAAUAUAUACAAGCGGAUCUUUACUGACAUGAUCAACAGGGGAGACCUGAAUAAACCAGAAGCCUACAAAGUUUGGGCUGACCUCAGAGACAUGUUAUUUGAUCUGUGUGAGAGCUUUGUAAAAUCUGCAGAGGUCAACAGUGCCCAGCAUGAGGAGUUUGAGACGAUGUUAUUGAUUGCUCACUAUUAUUGCACACGCAGUGCUGCUCUCACUCAGAAGUCUCUGGAGACAAUUGCUGGCAAGCUAAGUGUUUCUCUGCUGAGACACACGGACGUUGUGCCAGCUGACAAGGCCUUCUACGAAGCUGGCAUCAUAUGUAGAAACCUGGAAUGGGAGAAUAUGGCUUUUGUGUUUUUAAACAGAUAUUUGGACAUCAGUGAGGCUAUAGAAGAAGGAACUCUGGAUUUGCUGGACCACAGUGACUUUCGGGAAACAGACAUUCCCUUUGAAAUACCUCUUCCAGAGAAACCAUUUUUAACAAGUCAGCAGCAUGAGGAGAUCAAGGAGUGGGUGCUCGCUGUCUCCAUGGAUCAGAAGAUUGAACAAGUCCUUCGCAAGGAUGAACGGGGGACUUAUGAAGCUUCUCUUAUUGCUCCAGAUACCGGCAUCAGAUCACUGCCUUGCGUGAUAACAGGUUAUCCUGUUCUGCGAAACAAGAUGGAAUUUAAGAAUACCAAUAAGGUAGCCAACAAAGAUGAUUGGAACAAGUUUCUCAUGGCAACCAAGGUUUCUCACAGUCCAGAGCUUCAAGAUGUGCUGAAAUUCAUUGGCAAAUGGUGUGGCUCAACACCCAAUCCCAGUUACUCUUUUGGUGUUGAGUCUUGAAAACUUCUACUUAUAACAUUCCAGAAUUAUUAUAAUGCUCGAGAUGAUGCAGAACUCCCUACCUUCUUCUCGGGACGUUUAAUACCUUGUGCUAGAAGUUAAUAGAGGGUGUUUAAAGAUCCUUCUAUAAAUCCACAGGACAUUUGCUGCCAACAAAAAAAAAAUGCAUGUGUAAAAAAAAAAUUUCUGUAGAUACUGGUGCAAGGAUGUAUAAGAUGGAAUUACUUUGCUUCUAAGGCAUUUUUUCCACAUUCAUGUUUGGUGAGAACAUGAAAAUAGUGGUUUGUCAUUCACAAAGCAUUCAAAUAAAACAUUUGUACAUUGGUUGAUCAUACAUAUUUUAUUAAUGGCAACUAAGGCACCCUUCAAACAUAUCAUUUUAUUUAAAACUACGUCUUCAAAAAUAAUAUUAGAUGUCUUCUUCUCAGUCUGAUAUGCCAUUUGCUAAAGUCUGUAUCUAAAAUGGAUAAAUCCCAUUUAAGCAAAUUGAGUCACACAAUGUAUGUUUUUUUUAAAAAUACUUUGUCAUUAAUUCAAAUACAAAAUAAUGACAUUGCUGCAUUAAUAGCAGAACAUUUUUUUGGGAAAAGUCACAUUUGGCAUGUUUGGAGUAAUAUAUUGAACUAUAUAGGUUCAAAUUACUUUUGCUUAAUACAAAUGGUACAAAUAUUAUUGACUAAAACACGGGGUCUUUCAUGUGUAUAAGAUCUGUGAUUAUCUCAGUUUUUAAGGAGCAUAAAAACUGUAUACAUGUACUUCACUUCCAUACAUAUAGUAAUGAGCAUUUUUGAUGAAUUUCUUUGAAAAUGUUUUUACAAAACUGUGAAUUUUAUACUGUUCAAACCACAAAUGUUUAUCUCUGGACUGCUGGUUGUCUGCUAAGACCAACUCUUAGCAUCUCACGAAGUUGUAGGCUGUCAGAUCAAUGAACUAUUUAACAGUUCAAUCUGCAGAACCCCAAUAAAAUUCUCAUAGUCAACAAUAGACUUUCAAUAAAUUUGUUACUUAGUUAGUUGUUAAUUUUUUUCAUUUUUUACAAACAUCCUUGACCUCAGCUUCCCACGACUUGGAGCCAAUAAACUUUAGAUAACAGACUAUAAAACUUGAACUUUUGUACAUCCAUGAACAAGAGAGUUUGCAUUGUCUAUUCUUCUUAUUGAAGUUGAUACUUAAACUACAAGCAAAUUUGUGCUUUGGCCUUUGUUCUUUCUUAAUGCUGAAAAUUUUUUUGCAAGCAGUCUAGAGAUACAUGUCCAAUUGUCCAUGGUUCAGACUAUGUUGAUUUGAUUAAAACUACACAAGCUGUU